AGAAGAAGAAGAAGAAUAGAAGAAUUAGUGUCCAUCCGAAACCAAACAAGCAAUGAAGCUUUUGUCUGGUCGGAAUUAAGGUUUGAUCAUCUUAUAUAAGAACAGUAGGAGAAGCUGCUAUUUUGUCCACUGUAGUGUUGCAUGCUGGUUGGGUACAUAAGACCAUAAAAUCUUAAGCAUGAGUGGUGCACCAAAGAGAUCUCUUGAAGAGAGUGGCCACUCUUCCUCUUCAAAGUACCCUCACGAAGAUUCAGGAGCAUACCCCAAGCUGCCGCCAUCGGUUUCAAAUGAGUACCAUCAACCCCAUGAGAUGGGUCAGGAUUCUCGACUAGCGAAGAUUCCCCGUACAGAAUCCCGCGAUGCAGAUAGAAGAUCUCCCCUACAUUCAAUAUAUCGAAUGCCAUCAGCUUCAAAUGAUUUGCAUGUAGAUCACUCUACUGCUUCAGAAAACAAAUUGGAGUCCAGAGAUUCCAAGGAGACUAGAGAUCUUCGGUUUGAUAACCGAGACAAAAAGACUGAGAUGAAGGAACCAUACAGUGAGGCAAGAAGGGAUACUCCAAAUACGAAGGCUGAUAAGGACAUAAGACAUGACAAUAGAGGGGAGGAUAAUGAGGUAAUGUCUGAAAGGGAGAAUUAUAACGACGCUAAGGUUGACAUUAAAGCGGAAGGUUAUGGUGUGGUAAGUAGUCACUUAAAUUAUAAAGAGUACCACAGAGGAAAAAGAUAUUCUGAUGCACCAGUAGCAAGUACAGAUACCUGGCAUCGUAGUACUUCACAGAGCCAUGUUGAGGUUGGAAAGGAAGUCCCCACUACUGAGGAGCGAGAUCAUGUAGAGGUGCAUGAGGCUGUUGGGGAGAACAGAUAUGAUUCUAAAGGUGAGGAUAAGUUUAAAGACAAGGAUAGAAAAAGGAAAGACCUAAAGCAUCGGGAUUGGGGGGAAAGGGAUAAGGAAAGAAGUGACCGUAGGAGCAAUGUGCAAGUAUCUAACAGCAGUAGUGAUUACAAAGAGUCGGCAAAGGAAGAAAAAGAUUCAGACAGGUGGGAGCGAGAGCGGAGGGACACUGCAAAAGAUAAGGAAAUUUUAAAAGAGAGGGAUAGGGAUCAUACCAAGAGAGAUGCAUGGAGUGGAGUAGAUAAGGUUGGUCUGACUACUGAGAAGGAAGUGGGGGAUGGAUCUAUCAGAAUGCUAGAGCAUGAGACUCUUCUACCGGAGCAGAAGAAACAAAAAGAUUUUGAAAGUUGGAUAACUGCUGAUAGGGAAUCGAGAGAAAGGAGGAAAGAAAGAGAUGUUGACGCUGAGGGAGAUAGACCUGAAAAGCGUAUGAAAUCGUAUGACAAAGAAUCAGAUGAUGGCUGUGCAGAUGGUGAAGCGGUCAUCGAUAAAGAAAGGGAAGUUUAUAGUUAUGGAGUUCAGCAGCGUAAAAGGAUGCAACGGUCAAGGGCUGCCCCAGGAAAUCGGGAGAUGCGUUUCAAAUCACAUUCACAAGACAAUGAAGGAUCCCAAGGUAAAUCUGAAAUAUCUUCUGUUGUUUAUAAAGUUGGCGAAUGCAUGCAAGAAUUGAUAAAGUUAUGGAAGGAACAUGAAGCAUCUCAGGGUGAAAAGAAUGGUGAAACUUCUGUUACUGGUCCAACUCUCGAAAUUCGGAUACCUUCUGAGCAUGUUACAGCAACAAAUCGCCAAGUUAGAGGUGGUCAGCUGUGGGGAACAGAUAUAUACACAGACGACUCAGAUCUUGUUGCUGUUCUCAUGCAUACAGGGUAUUGCCGUCCCACAGCGUCUCCUCCACCUUCUGCUAUCCAGGAGUUGUGUGCUACUGUUCGCAUACUACCUCCACAAGACUGUUACAUUUCUACCUUGAGAAACAAUGUUAGAUCUCGUGCGUGGGGAGCUGCUAUUGGUUGUAGCUAUUGUGUUGAGCGUUGUUGCAUAGUGAAGAAAGCAGGAGGAAGUAUUGAUCUUGAACCCUGUCUUACACAUACGUCUACAGUGGAACCUACUCUCGCUCCAGUUGUUGUUGAGCGUACAAUGACUACAAGGGCUGCAGCUUCGAAUGCAUUGCGACAACAAAGAUUUGUACGAGAAGUUACUAUACAGUACAACCUCUGCAAUGAGCCAUGGAUCAAGUACAGCAUAAGCAUUGUUGCUGACAAGGGUUUGAAGAAGACCCUUUAUACUUCUGCGCGUUUAAAGAAGGGAGAAGUUCUCUAUUUAGAAACUCAUUCAUGCAGGUAUGAGCUUUGUUUUAAUGGGGAGAAGAUCAUCAAAGCCGGUCAAUUAUCUCAGAUGCAUGAAGGUGAGAAUGAGAAGAAUCAAAAUCACACUUCACAGUCCACAAACGGUGAACGAAGUGAUUCUGAAAAUACUGUAGUAGAUGUAUUUCGAUGGUCUCGAUGUAAAACACCGCUUCCCCAGAAGGUCAUGAGGUCACUUGGGCUCCCUCUUCCCCUUGAACAUGUCGAGGUUAUGGAGGAAAAUCUUGAUUGGGAGGAUGUCCAAUGGUCACAGACUGGUGUUUGGAUCGCUGGAAAAGAGUAUUCACUAGCACGGGUGCAUUUUCUGUCUGUAAAUUAGUCUCGUGUUUUCUGUUUUUAUUUUCUUUUUUCCGGACUUGUUUGUAGCACUAUCUUGUUUCCUGUUUUUGCUAGCUUGAUUGAAUGUAUGGGUUUAGUAUUAUAUAUUAUAUUGAACCAAUGAAACUUAAGUUAUACAUCA